AUUAAUGGAAAUCACUUUGAUGGGGAAAGCAAACUCAAACAAACCACUCAUCUUCCAAUCAAAGCUCCUCUGUUUCUCUCUGUUCUACCUCUUCACAACUCUCUUUCUAGCUCUCUACAAUUCUCUUUCUUCCACCAAAUGCCUCUUCAGAUCAUCUCCAUUUGAGCCAAUCCCAACCCCUCUCUUCCUCUACCCUCCCUCCUAUGGAGAGCACAAGUAUGCUAUCCCCACACAUCGCUCUUCUUGCUCCUCCCCUGUCUACUUCUCUGAUUAUUGGAUGGUUUUCCAUGAGAUCCAAGAUUUCCGUCACAAUUCUUCGGUUUCUUCAAGGAGUUUGAUGUAUAUCCAGGGGAAGAGCGAUAGUUUCGGUGGGAAUUUCUCUACCCAGAAGAGAUUUUCCUAUUUUGAUCAUGAGGACAAUGAGAAUGUGGAGAUUCCCUGUGGAUUUCUCACAAAUUUUCCGAUCAGAAAUUCUGAUCGGAUUGCAAUGGAAAGCUGUAAUGGGGUUGUUGUAGUCUCUGCAAUCUUCAAUGACCAUGACAAAAUUAGACAACCAAGAGGACUUGGGUCUAAAACCCUAGAUGUUGUGUGUUUCUUCAUGUUUGUAGACGAUGCUACCAUAAAUGGUCUUGACUAUCACCAAUUAAUUUCUCGAAAAUCGGGCGAAUAUAAGAUCGGAGCAUGGAGAAUUGUUAGAGUUUCAAGCAAGAAUUUGUAUCAAAAUCCAGCAAUGAAUGGAGUGAUACCCAAGUACUUAGUUCAUAGACUAUUCCCAAACUCAAAAUUCAGCAUCUGGGUAGAUGCAAAGUUGCAGUUAACAGUUGAUCCUUUAUUGUUGAUUCAUAGUCUUGUUAUAUCAGAAAAUGUAGACAUGGCGAUAUCGAAACAUCCCUACUACGUUCAUACAAUGGAGGAAGCAAUGGCAACUGCUAGGUGGAAGAAAUGGUGGGAUGUUGAUGGGUUGAAGAUGCAAAUGGAGACUUACUGUGAAAAUGGGCUGCAACCAUGGACACCCAAUAAACCCUAUCCAUCAGAUGUGCCAGAUAGUGCACUGAUCUUAAGGAGGCAUGGAGUGGGAAGCAAUCUGUUGUCAUGCCUGAUUUUCAAUGAGUUGGAAGCAUUCAACCCAAGAGACCAACUGGCAUUUGCUUAUGUGAGGGAUCAUAUGAAGCCAAAGGUGAAGAUGAACAUGUUUGAGGUUGAAGUAUUUGAACAGGUUGCAGUAGAGUACAGGCACAACCUUAAAAAAACAAAAGCAGCAGCAGCAGCAGCUGCUGGGACCAGGACUGCACCGAAGAGGACCAAAAGGGCAACUCAUGAUUUGUUUGUUAAUAGCAGUUGUUGUAGCAGCUGCCAUACAUAUUUAUUGGAAAUGUGGGGGUGAAUCCCAUAAUUUAUUUUGUGUGUAAUUAAUACGAUUAAAGAUAGAAUUCCCACAAAAAAAAAAUAGAAUAAAUAAAUUUUGCUGCCAAAAGUUCAUGAGCAAA